CGUCCUUCAGCUUCUUGAUUUUCUUCUUCUCCCCAUAACGCCAUGAAUUUCGGUGUCAAAACUCAUUAGCUUGCUGUCAAUUUGAAGUUAUGUUUAACUACCUUCUUCAGGAUCCACAUGGAACCAGUGCUUCCUUAUGAUUCUUUUUCGUUACCACGCACAUAACCAUUGAUUUGGGUGUCGUAACUCACCGGCUCCCUGAUCAUUGAUCAACUUAAACUCCUGUUACAACCUUCUCUCGCCAGAUCGGCAUGUAAACCAGUGUUUAUGACAAAGUUAACUUCUAUACAUUUUCCUUAGGAAAAAGCUCCCAAGCAAUUAGCAAUUCUGCAGAGAGCUUUGAAUGUCAUGCCUGCUCUCUGCACGGCCCUUGGCCACCACUAGACCAUGUUUUUCUCAAAGCAACCUUAUAUUUUUUUGGCGAAGAACAAAAAAAUUCAAAUGAGUUGGGUCUUGAGAACAUGUUAGAAACAAGGUAUAUUUUUAGGCUUGAAGAAUGCUUAUAAAAGUUUUUACAUAUUGCUUAUCAAUAAGGCCUUUACAUCAAUAACGGGAUUUGAUUAUAUGAUUUUAUGAGUUAUGGGUCAAAUUAUUAUUAAAUUAGAUUAAUUUUUGUUGGUCAAAGCAACCUCAUUUUGUUUGAUCAAAGAUGUUUCUUGGGAAUUUCCUGAUAAUUCAACUGCAUGUUUUAUAUUUUGAAUGCAUGCACCGGUAUGUUUUGUAGACCCAUGGUGAAACCAAGAUGGGCGACAUUGUCUCGAUCAUCAAGCAUUCCUGGUUAUAUGCAGUCAAACCCGCCGGCACUUAUCUUUAUCCGUAGUGGAGAUGUGCGUGCACAUGGACUGUACAGGUUGUGAGACCCAGAUUAAGAAAGCCCUUCAGAAGCUACCUGGAGUGGACGAUGUUGAUAUAGACAUGGGCAUGCAGAAGGUAACAGUGAUGGGUUGGGCAGACCAGAACGAGAUUUUGAAGACAGUGAGGAAGAUGGGUAAAAGGGCUGAACUUUGGCCGUACCCAUACAAUCCUGAGUACCACGGUUUCAUUCGCCAGUACACCAACAAAAACUAUGAGAAUAGUUAUAAUAAAAUUAGUUAUGAGAGAGAAUAUUCGAAUCCUGUAAUAACCUCGUACUCUGAGAUACCUGCUGCUGCCAAUAAUAAGGCUUCGUUCUCGUACAACUACUACAAUCAUGGCUAUACAAAUGGUGACUACUUUGGCUACUACCACCAGCCAAUUGGUUCAUCCAUGGUUAAUGACAAAGCCAUCGCCAUGUUUAGUGAUGAUAAUCCUCAUUCUUGUUCUAUUAUGUGACCCCAAAAACGAUCUCUCUGUCUCUGUCUCUGUGUGUGUGUGUGUGUGAAAAGAAGCUUAGGUGAGUUAGUUCUGAGGGUUUUACCAAGACCGAUGCAUGUGAUCUUUGGAUUUAAAGAAUACUUAUAAGGGUAUCUAUAUAGAUCACUCAUAAACAAAAUCCUAACAUUGAUAAUGGGAUUUCAACCUCCGACUUAUAAGUUAUGGCCAAGUCUUUACCAAGUGAAUCAACCUUUAUCAACACCCUCAAAACCAUUCAUAUUUACACUUUUAUGUCAACUCUUUUUUCUUUUUUUCUUUUUUUCUGUUUGUCCAUUUUACGUGGCUACACACACAAGCACACACAGAGAGGAUGUAUGUAUGUGCGAAUGUACGUAUCAUGAAGUGGUAAAUUAUGUAUAUUUUUGUCC